AGUAAGUUUUGAAAAUAGAUGGCGGUAGUAUGUCAUAGGUGCCUAAACAAUUCCAUCCUUUAGCGGCUUUUAAAAGUGCGCUUGAACAGACGUGAAUCGUGGUUCUCUCUCUCUCUAUCUCUCUGGGUUUGUCACUCUUGUCCCUGUUUCCCUCACACCCGUCCCUUUCUCUUUCCUGCAACAAAGGCUACGGGAAAAACCUCAGCAGUUCGGAGAAUCGAAAGCGUUUCUGUGAUUUUCGACCUCUUGGCAUGAGCAAUGAAUGUUCAUGGAUUCCAUUUGGGUCUCACUCAACGCCAAUAAUGGAAGCUUCAUCACCCAUCGCAAUCCCACAAAUCCCUACUCCAGAGCAGCCUGUGGCAUCCCCGAGACCCUGCAAGAAGAGCUUUGUUGCUUCGUUAAUGGAGGCCGCCGCACUUCGCUCUCCCUCCUUCAAGGAAGACACCUACUUCGUUUCCCACCUCAAGUCCUCCGAAAAGAAAGCUCUGCAAGAUCUCAAGGACAAACUCGCCGCCGCCAAUAUUGAGUCUGAUUCAAUGUGGGGAAUCCCCAUUUCGGGCGGAGACGAAAGGGCUGAUGUGAUCCUCCUGAAGUUCUUGCGAGCCAGAGACUUCAGGGUCGCGGACUCGCUUCAAAUGUUGCAGAAGUGCUUGGGUUGGAGGAAAGAGUUCGAAGCUGAGACCAUCGUUGAGGAAGAUUUAGGGUUUAAGGAGCUGGAAGGUCUGGUGGCUUACAUGUCUGGGUUCGACAGAGAAGGUCACCCUGUUUGCUACAACGCUUAUGGGGUGUUCAAAGAUAAGGAUAUGUACGAGAGGAUCUUUGGGGACGAAGAGAAGCUCAAAAAGUUUCUGAGGUGGAGAGUUCAGGUGCUUGAGAGAGGCAUGAAUCUUCUGCAUUUCAAGCCUGGUGGGGUUAACUCUCUGAUUCAGGUCACAGAUCUCAAGGACAUGCCCAAGAGAGAGCUCAGGGUCGCUUCUAAUCAGAUCCUCUCUCUUUUUCAAGACAACUAUCCUGAAAUGGUGGCUCGUAAGAUUUUCAUCAACGUGCCAUGGUACUUCAGUGUUCUGUAUUCGAUGUUUAGCCCGUUCCUUACCCAACGAACCAAGAGUAAGUUUGUGAUCUCGAAAGAAGGAAAUGUUGCAGAGACCCUUUACAAGUUUAUCAGGCCGGAGGAUGUGCCGGUUCAGUACGGAGGGCUGAGUCGACCAAGCGACUUGCAGCAUGGUCCGGCCAAACCGGCUUCCGAGUUCACCGUGAAAGGAGGGGAGAAAGUUAACAUACAGAUUGAGGGAAUUGAGGCAGGGGCAACAAUAACAUGGGACAUAGUUGUGGGAGGCUGGGACUUGGAAUACGGGGCUGAGUUUGUGCCGACUGAAGACGGGAGCUACACCAUCGCAGUGGAGAAGCCCAGGAAGAUGGCAGCCUCAGAAGAGGCAGUGCACAACUCGUUCACGUCGAGAGAAGCUGGAAAAAUGGUGCUGUCUGUGGACAACACUGCCUCCCGGAAGAGGAAGGUCGCCGCCUACCGCUACGUAGUGCGCAAAUCCACUACUGCCUAGCUGGGAGUUCUUAUAAUAAUAUCGGCUUGGAGAGUAGCCUUGUUUUGCUCUUUUUGCCUCCAUUUGGCAUUUGUUCUGUUCUGCUUAACCGAAGAGAGGAUGUGAACUCAUUGGAGUGUACUUCGACAGUAUUACUGUGAUGUAUAAAUAGUGGUAUUACUACUGCAUGCCCUAAUUAAUAUUAUAGAUUAGAACGAAAAGCUGGUUAAUUA